UUCUCACAUUAUGGAAGGAACAUCUUGACCUUUUCCUUACACCAUAAAAUUCGUUGGUCUACUUGGUAGUCAUUCUCUUGGUAGAAAUCCAAAGUUCAUGGCUACGGCGGUGGAUUUAGGAAGGGAAUUGGUAAGGCGAAAAAUUAGACUUACCUAUGGGGGAGGCAACGUUGGCCUUCAAGGAGCUGUUGCUUCAACAGUCUAUACCAAUGGUGGUAUAGUUAGAGGCUUCAUACCAGGGUACAUAGCAGCACGACAGGUCUACGGACCUACGUAUGGUGCAGAAUACACAGUUUCAAGCCAUUACUAUAAGCAUUUCGAGAUGAAUCAUGUAGUGGAGGCCUUCAUCGUACUUCCUGGAGGGAUUGAUACUAUGGAAGGUUUGUUCACUUUGAUCUCAUGGGCAUCUGAAGGGUUGCACAGUAAACCCAUUGGUCUCUUGAAUAUUGACGGUUAUUUUAAUAACCUAAUCAAAUUUCUAGAUGACGCAGUGAGACAGAACAUCAUGGCUUCUAGUCAGAGAAAACUUUUCAUCUCUUCUUUCUUUAUUGAUGAGCUUUUAGACAAGCUAGCGUUUGCUAAAGCUUUUCCAGGUCCUGGGGCUAGUUAUGAUGAAUUUGUAAAUCCUGGGGCAUUGGACUUAGACUUGCAUUUGUAAUAUUACUUUAUAAUAACACUAUCUGAUAAACAUCUUUUAAAUAUAAAUCUAGGAAUAUAAUAUUUGUUUACAUUAGCAUGAGAUGUGUAAACAUAUUAUAUCUGCCUAUACAUGAUAGAAUAAUGAUAAACAGUUGGCCAUCAGGGCACAACUCCAACAAUCUCCCACUUGCACUAUGGCCAAUCUGGCAUCGGUCGAAUGCCCAUGGACCUAGUGUGACCCUCACUUGCACUAUGGCCAAUCUGGCAUUGGUCGAAUUCAUAGUCACGUGUAUACCACAGGUUAAUGAAGUGACGUGAUCCUGGAGGCAGACGGAGGCGAGAUUGUCAGAAUGGAUGUGAUGGUUUUGAAUUAAAGAACAUAAAUAAAUUAUGUUUGUGAUUAUGAUUGUUAAGCUUCCGCAAUAUUGAAAACUCCGUACUGUUUAUAUUAUGAAAAAUAUUAUUGUGAUAAAUAAAAGUGUUUGAAAUGU